ACAUUGUUUAAAUUAUAUUCCGUAUUUGUACGACCUUCGAUACACAUGUUUAAAUUUGGCGCUAUUCCAGCUUAUACGUCAUUGGUGGAAAUCCAGCGCCAGUCUUUCUGCUGUUUCAUUUAAUUGGUGGAUGAGAAACAUGACUGUUGGAAUAAAGUAUGUCUGCAAAUGACUAGUGCAAAAAUUGAAACGUAACAUACAACACCUUAAUAAGUUCAAGACUUCUUUAUACAUACAAUAAACAAGUGUCAAGUGUUAAACGUAUUUGUAUGUGAUUGUUUUUGUAAAAUUUAAUGUUAAAAAAAAGUGAUAAGUGACGCAAUGGAAAAUAUGGAAAAAGAUGAACGGUUUCGAAAACUUGGUUUCAUACCGCAAAAGGAAAACGUUUAUAAUAAACUCUUACCAUAUGCUGAUAAAUUAGACGAUGAAUCAACUAAACUAUUUCAACAAAUCAAAACUAACCUAAUCAAAUCGAUUUUGGCUAGGGAAAUGAGACCAGGUUGCGCUUUGUGGACAUCCAGAUUAAAUAGAUAUUUAAAAAUUUAUGGACUAAAGUUUUCGAAGGAAGAUCAUGUUAUUUUAAUUAAACUUUUUUAUGAACUAUUGACUAUUCCAAAUUUGGAACCAGCUAGAAUAAGUAAAUUUGCAGUUACUUUAAAUCUACUGUUAAAAAAAUCGUAUCUUUUAAAACAAGAUGACUUGCAAUUAGAAUGGAGACCAUUGUAUGAUCUUUGUGUAAGGGUUUUAGAACAAGGGAAAUCUGGAAUAGGGAUGUAUAGAUAUUCAUCAUCUUUAGAAAAUUCGUUGGAAAAUGUUAUUCGAGCGGCGAGAUUGUACUUUCCGGUGAGUGCAACUCAAGAAAUUCUCGACGAAUUUCGACCAAAAAUGUGUCCUUAUAGCAAUAAUUUUAUAAGCGAUGCAAUUGGUUAUUUAGAAGUUUUUUUACCAGUUGUUACCAAGCCGGAGGAAGCACAUUCCGGUUAUAAUUUAUGGUUUGAAGAAUUUAUGAAUCUAUGGGAAGUUUGUCACAACGCAAACUUAUGGGAAAGUGAUAUGGCUGUUUUAAUGGGCAGAUUAGCAAAUUUUAAUAUAGGUUAUAUUGAUUGGGAACCCUACAUUCCGAUAAUGUAUGUUAGGUUUCUGCGUACUUUACAUUUACCUGUAGGAUACAGAAAAAAACAAUCUAUGAAGCUUUAUAAAAUUGACAUGUCAGCAAUGACUCUUUGGAUCGUCGCUACUUUAGGAGGAGGAAGCGAAAUAGCAUAUUUUCAUUUAGAAAAGUUUAUGCAAACGCUCGACUCUUAUUUCCACCCAGCAAACGCAGGAGUUUGGACGAUGAAAAUACGCGAAUUUCUACGCAAAAUUUCGUUUUAUUUCGUAGAACGCGUUCAUAGAGAACGUUAUAAGAAAAAUGAUUGGAGACAUAAUUGCCGACCAUCACAUAACCUCACUAAUGAUGAUAUCGAUAGAUUUGUAAACAUUUUAAAACCAGCUUUGGAACAGGCGAUUUUUUGCAAACAAGGGAUGCAAGAUAUUAUGUUAACCUUGAAUUAUUUAGCUGCUUUAAGACCAGAAAUUAUUGUUCCAUUGACCUUGGAGAAAUUAGAUGCCUCUUUGUUUAGCGUUACAGAACCACAUAAAUUAACUAGUUCAAUGAUGAGUGUGGUUUCAGUUUCAAGAUAUAUGGUUCAAGGACCUAGAAACAAAUAUCCUGAUGGUCCAACACACGUUAUUCCACUUUUAAUGAAUAUUUUACCAGGAAUUGAUCCAAACGAUAUGAGAAAAUGUUUUUUAACAUUUAAUUUCAUAAUAAAUUUUUGCACUUUAUGUCCUUUAGUAAACUGUUCCGAAGCAAGUACAUAUUACGAUGAUUUAACUGAAGAGGAGCACAUAGUUUGUGAACAAACAGCGGAUUUUGAGAAUUUUCUCAUGCAAUUUCUCGAUAAACUGUUUAUGUGGAUCGAAUCGAAUUCGUUAGAAUUUACAAGAAUGGAGUUGAGCGACCAACAUUUUAACGAUGUUAAAAGUAAAUCUGAAGGUUUAGCUGAAAACGGUUUAAUACAAGUUAUGACAGCGGUUUUGACUCAAUGUCCGACCGAUUUAUUUAUAAUGGCAUUAAAGAAAACGUUUAAUUUUGCAACAACGCGUAUAAUGGAGUUAAAUAUUUCCGCGAAAUUAGUUGCAACGCUUUGUAGAUCUUUUUCUAAAGUGAACGCCAAAGAAACUUUAAAACUUUUCGUUCCAUAUCUUUGUACUACUUUUGAAAGUUUAGCCGCAGAACAUGGCGAUGUUAAAAACGAAGAACGCCUUAAUGGAGAACUUCUUUAUAACUUAUUGUUACUGUCUGAAGUUGUUGACGGUCGCGGUAAUUUAUUACCAUACAUUGAUGAUUUAACAAACAUCUUAGAUCAAGCUUUAUACAUAAAAUGUACUGAAGCAAAUAAAACAGCUUCUCAUUUAUUAUACAUCAUUGUUAAUUCUCUUUCGACAAUAACUCCCGAAGAAUAUCGAAGUUUAACUCACACCUUUGACACUCCAAUAAAGGAUUCUUUAACUGUUCGAUUAUGGGGUUGUCCGGGCGAUUUAAAUAAUCUUAAUUUGAAAUGGUACGUUCCUGGUGAAAGAGAAGUAAAUACCGUGGAGAUUUUAAUUCAUAAAUAUCUGAUACCGGAGUUGGAAAAAAUGGAAAAAGUAUCGAACGGUGAAUUGAUUUUAACAAGAGAUGAUUUAAGAAAAAGUUUAAAAAUUGUUAUGGCUCUUCUUGGUGCACAAUCUCUUAUGCCAAUUUGGAAUGAUGAACCAACACUGAAAUUGGGAAAUACUUGUUUGGAAUUAUUACCUUUUCAAGUAAACAUUGGUUAUGAUCAUGAAAUAAAAAUGCCAGAUGGUUCAAACGUUAGAAGAGCUAUUCUUAAAACCAUUCGUAAGCUUCAAAAUUACAUACAAAGAGCUGAUGAAGGAGAUACAAAUAGUUUAAAAACUAUUGUUUACAUUUACGAUGUUUUAUUAUUCAACAAAUAUAGAGGUAACGAUUUUGAAUGGCACUGGAAAUCAUUCCACCUUUCAAAACGAACCAUGGAAGAUCGACUCCAUCAAAAUAAGAAACAUAUGAGACAUAUAUUAAUUGACAGAGUGAUGUUACAUCAAGAGUUUAGAAAUGAAACGAGAUUACGUACUUUUACAGAAACGCAUAAAGAAAUUUUAUUGGCUUUGUUUGAUCUUAGUGUCUCGCGUUAUAGCCAAGUCAGAUCAUACGCUCAAAGUAAACUAUUCCUCAUAGUUACAGUUUACCCCCUUUCGUGUGAUAUUUUAACUCCUUACAUAAAAGAAAUCCUCGAAAUGGAUAGCACAGAACAUCACGAGAAAUUCAAAGGUUGCUUAUACCUUUUAAAUGGGCCCAAAUCAACUCCAAUGAUAGCAAGACCUUAUUGGGGGUUUUUAAAGGAACUUUGGCCCGCUUUGGUGAAAUCAAAACCGUCUGAAAAAAUUUCUAUAGUGAACUUAAUGAGUAGUAUAGUUGAUGGGAUUAAUAGACAUUUUCCAACUCUCGCAAUCAAAAUUGAAAUGUCGGAAAAAUCGCGAGAAUUAGCUCACCAUCUUUCAAAAACAAUAACUGACUUUAACCUGAAUGGGUUUCAAUCGCAUAUUGAUAAUGGGGCGAAUAAAGAAAUUGAAUUAGUAACGAAUAAUACUAAAAUAUAUAACGAACUUUUAGAGAAUUUACUUCAAAGUAUUAUUAACGGGUCUUUACAUUGGAGACAUCAUGCAACGUGUUUAACAAUGAUCCAAUUCUUAGUUCACCCUGAUAUAAAAUAUAAUUCAAACGUGAUAAAAUACUUCUUAACAGCUUCAAUCAACGAUUCAAUAAUAAUAAGACACACCGCGAUUCGCGUCGUUUUAUAUUGCAUGAUUCAAACUAAACCGAAAUUUUUAAAAACCGAUUUAGAUCCGUGGAGUUUUGCAAAAACGAAAAAGAAUAAAGUGAUUCCCGGGAUUCGUACAGAUAACGAGUGGCUACUUUAUAACGGGAAAACUUUGCCGAAAAAUGAAGAAUCUUGGAAUGAAUUAAGAUACGUUCAUGAUCCAUACACCGGUUUUUAUAGUUGGCCAAAAACUCUUAAAGUUUAUUUACCACCUUCAGAACAGCCACUUUUUGAAACCAGACGAAAUCAAAUGAGUGAACAAGAAAAAGAAAUUUUGGAUUUUUUUAAUAACAAAGAUAAUGUAGAUACGUUAAUUAAGUUUUGGUCGAUGGAAGAAAAAAAAGGGAAGGAUACAUUUAACAUGCAUCGAUUUUCUGUGAUAAAAAAUAUUUUUAAAAUAUUCGAUGAUUCUUUAUUAAACUUAUUCAUUCCACAUAUAGAAAGAUUAGUUAAUGAUAGACAAGAACACAAUCAACGUUGCGCUGCCGAAUUAUUAGCGGGAAUUAUCCAAGGUUCAAAACAUUGGCCUUUCGAAAAAGUUGAAAAAUUAUGGUCAAUUUUACUCCCAAUAAUACGCACUGCCUUCAAUAAUAUGACUGAUGAAACGGUGAUGGAUUGGAGUGUUUGUAUAUCAGUUGGAUUGAAUAAAAGGGAUCCAAACAGAUUACAUUGGCUUUUAGAAUAUCUUAUGAACGACCCAUUAAAUGAACCAACAUCUUUCGUCAGUUGUUCGAGGAUUUAUCUCCUUCAAAUCGCUUUGAAUCAACAACCAUGGCGAAACUCAGAAUUAAUUAAUCGGCUGUUGGAAUAUUUUAAAAAUCAUUUAUCACAUCCGUUUCAAAACGUCCGAGAAAAAAUUAGUUCUUGUUUGGUCAGUUUGUUUUGUAAAGAUAUCGUUUUCCCCGAUGGGAAUUUCACAAAUUGUCCAAGAGUUGGAGAUUUUUUCGAUCAAAUCAUGCCAAAGUUAAACCAAUUAUACACAAACAUGUUAAAAAAUUUAGAUCAUUCCAAUAAAGUUAAUUCGAAUGAUGUUGAAAUCGCGACAAAUCGUAUAGAAAAAAUCGAUUUAGAAGAUAACAAAGAAGAAUUUAUACGCCUCUUUAAAACCGUUGUUAAAUAUGUAACUGGAAGCGUAGCUCGAAUGAAUUACUCAGCAGUUACAGAACAUUACAAUUUAUUACCUUUAGCCUGUAUUUUACAAAGUAACGACACCGAUGAUGAACUUAAAAAUUUAUGCUGCAAUUUAUUAGCUAUUUUGGGUUGCACAAUAAUUUUAAAUAAAUACCUACCAGCGGCUUUAGAAGCUGCAAAAAUUGUCUCAAAAUGUCCGUUUUGGUCCGCAAGAUCUGUUAUAGCCGAGUUUAUUUCUGUUUUGGUUUUCCAUAACAUGGCUAUUUUUGUGGCAAAUAACGAAUACAUCAUGGAAGUACAAAGUAUUAUUUUAAAUUUGUUAGAAGAUGUUCAACCUGAAGUUAGAAUUCAAGCUGGAAAAGUACUUACUGGUUUAUUACAUUGUAAAUUUAUACCUGAUCCUUUAAAGUUACUUCAAUCGUUCAAAUUAAAAGCGAAAACAAAAUUAAAACAGUCCAAAUCAAAUUUACAAUCUAAUGGUAAUCAAAAAAGUUAUUCAAAUGAAAGUUUAAGUCAAAGACACGCUGGCGUGUUAGGAUUGUGUGCUUUUAUAAGUGCUCAUCCUUACGAUUUACCUGAUUAUAUACCAGGAAUUUUUGAUGAAUUGGGGGCUCAUUUAAACGAUCCUCAACCCAUCCCCGCAACGAUACGAAAAACACUGGGAGAUUUUAAAAGAACCCAUUACGAUAAUUGGGAAGUGCACAAGUUGAAGUUUACUGAAGAGGAAUUAUCAGUUUUGAGCGAUUUAACAGUACCUCCAACAUACUACGCUUAAAAUUAUUGUUUUUUUUAUUGUUUAGUGUUUUUUAUGUCUUAAUUUUUAUCUUAUGUUGUUGGUUUUUUUCAUUUAAUGUAUAAGUAGUUUCAAUUGACGUGUCACAAAAAAGGUGUGGGUAUUUAAUGUACCAUGGUUUUUAUAUUUUAUUAGUGACUAAUUGGAGUGACUUGAUAUUUAUCCAAAAAAUGAAAUAUGCACUUUUAUAUAUUAUUACUAGGUGAAAAUAAAAUUAUUAUUUUCCAAUUA